AUGAGCUUCCAGGCGAUAGGCCUAGGCCUAGAUGAGACGAAGCUGGACAGUCCCCAGUCCUUCCCAGACCAGGAGGAGACUGAGGAGGCCGAGGACCAGCAGCUGCUGGAGCCAGGGGCUUGGAGGACCUAUGCAAGCCGGCGCAAUGCCCUUCGAGAGUUCCUGGCUGCAGACCUGAGCCCCCACCUGCUCAAACGUCACCAUGCCCGCAUGCAGCUGCUCAGGAAAUGUUCCUACUACAUUGAAGUCCUCCCCAAGCAUUUGGCCCUGGGCGACCAGAACCCCCUGGUGCUGCCCAACACCAUGUUCCAGCUGAUCGACCCCUGGAAGUUCCAGCGUAUGAAGAAGGUGGGCACAGCACAGACCAAGAUCCAGCUCCUGCUGCUGGGGGACCUGCUAGAGCAGCUGGAUCGUGGCCGUGCUGAGCUGGAUGCCCUGCUUGAGUCCCCAGACCCGCGGCCCUUCCUGGCAGGCUGGGGGAGAGUGGAGGAGCGGCUGGCAGAUCUGUCGGCUGUCAUGGACAACUUCCUGGCCAUGAUGGUGCCAGGACGCCUACACGUCAAGCACCGCCUGGUGUCUGACGUUGGUGCCACCAAGAUCCCACACAUCCGGCUCAUGCUGAGCACGAAGAUGCCCGUCAUGUUCGACCGUAAGGAGUCAGUGGCCCACCAGGACGGGGUCAGUCUGCGCUGGUUCGUCACCGUCCAGCCACCGGUGCCGGAGCCAUUUGAGCUGCGCUUUAAGCUGCUGGACCCGCGGACGCAGCAGGAAUGCGCACAGCGCGGCGUCAUCCCAGUGGCCGCCUGCACCUUCGAUGUCCGAAACCUGCUGCCCAGCCGCUCCUACAAGUUCACCAUCAAGAGGGCGGAGAGCUACACACUGGUGUAUGAGCCCUGGCGGGACAGCCUGACCCUGCAGACCAAGCCGGGGCCCAGCAUAGGGCCCACACCCCAUUGGCUAGACAAGCCCAGCCCACCCCCGCCCAACUGCACCUUCUGA